CAGAACCGGGAGAUGCACAAGCACUCUCUCUCUCUCUCUCUCCGGAUUUCGCUCCGUGUGAUUCUUUUCCAUGGUUCGGUAGAUUUUCACGAGUCUAAUCGUCCAAGGAAAAUCAGAAGAUUUACCUUUUAAUUCACUGCAGAAACAAUCAAUACCCAUGUCCCCAGUUUCCUCUUUUUAUCCUCAGAUUCUUUAAAUGUGUACGGAACAUCGGAAGUCACUGUCGUCUUCUUCAGAUGGGUGAGACUAAUGGCACUGGUAAUGGCGGUUCCUCUCUCUCCGGUCUCCCCCCCUUCCAUGAAACAGAGCCUUGUCUCCACGAAGACCCGUGUUCUGUCGACGAAGAGUAUGUGUCGGAGCUGGUUCGGAGAGAGACCCGUCGUCUCGGAUCCCAACCCGAUCAAACGGCGCCGUCUUCCUCUGGUCGUACGGUAGCCGGCUCUACCUGGCUUAGACUGGCCAGAUUGGACGCCGUCGAUUGGAUCGUCCAUACGGGAGCUAAAUUGGGUUUGGAGCAUCCGACAACGUAUCUGGGAAUUUAUUAUCUCGACACGUUCCUGUGGAGAAGAUCCAUCGAUGAGGGGAAAUCUUGGGCGAUUCGCUUGUUGUCCGUUGCUUGUUUAUCCUUAGCGGCGAAAAUGGAAGAACACAGUGUUCCGUCUUUAUCAGAACUCCCGUCAGAAGAUUACGUUUUCGGAUCCAAAGUGAUACAGAGAAUGGAACUCUUAGUUCUCUCGACGUUGGAUUGGAGGAUGAAUUCGGUCACUCCUUUCGAUUUCUUGCAUUACUUCGUUCUCAAGUUCGUAAAGGACGAACCUUUCGCAAAUGGGUCGCCGUCAAGAAUCUCGGAAUCUCUUCUCGAGAUCACAAAGGAAAUCACUCUGAAUGGUCAUCGACCGUCGGUUAUGGCUGCUGCAGCUGUCUUAGCUGCAUCAGAUACUGAACUGACGAGAGAAGAGUUAGGGACAAAGCUUAGCUCCAUACCAUGGUGGAUAUCCAGUGAGAAUGAGAAUGUGUAUUCAUGUUAUCAGAUAAUGCAGGAGAUUGAAGAGAGGAGACAGAGGACGCCAGAUUCGGCGAUUUUCCGGGGAAAACAGCCAAUGAAUUCCGCUUCAACAGAUAUCGUCGAUGAAUCUUGUUUGGCAUCUAAACGCCGCCUCCCCUUUGAUGGAUCUGAUCAAAUUUCUCUGGCCAAGAACAUGCAUCGGCCGUAAGCUAUUUUCGUGGAUCUUAGAUUUGAUUGAUUCUGUAUUUUUUCCCGUUUAUCCUAAUUUACUUCGGCAUCUUGGUUUGUGGAAAUGUCCUAUAGCAUAAGGUUA